CAGUAUUCCAACAGUUUGUGCUGCAUAGUUGUUGUCAACAGAGCUAAGCUGACAAUGUCUCUAGAGAAGAAGUUGCAGAUAGGUAUUGAAGACAAGCUUGCCCUCACCGAGUUCAAUGGCGAGACACAACCUAAUUUGGAUUCAGUUAUUUCUCACUACGCCCAGAGUCUUAAUCAGACCAACUUACGAUUCUUGGGCUACCCCACUAAUCAAAACCUCAACUGUGACACAUUAGCACCGUUGCUUCAUUUUCAUUUGAACAAUGCUGGUGAUCCAUUUGGAGGGAGCAGCUACACCAUGAAUUCAACAUCAUUUGAAGUUUGCGUGCUUGAUUGGUUUGCAAAUCUAUGUGAGAUAGAGAAGAGCAAGUAUUGGGGAUACGUCACAACAGGAGGAACCGAAGGGAAUCUUCAUGGGAUUUUAGUAGGGAGAGAACAAUUGCCGGAUGGGAUUUUAUAUGCCUCACAAGAUUCCCAUUAUUCAAUCUUCAAAACCGCAAGAAUGUAUCGAAUGCAAUGCAUGAAGGUUAGCAGUUUGGUCUCUGGAGAGAUUGAUUGUGAUGAACUAAAGACAUUGCUUCUUGCUCACAGGGACAAGCCAGCCAUCAUCAAUCUCAACAUCGGGACAACUAUGAAAGGAGGAGUUGAUGACCUUGAUCUUGUAAUACAAACACUUAAGGAAUGUGGUUUCGCUCGCGACAGGUUCUAUAUUCAUUGUGAUGGAGCUUUGUUCGGAGCCAUGUUGCCUUUUAUCAAACAAGCACCAAAGAUCAGUUUCAAGAAACCCAUAGGAAGUAUAGCUAUUUCAGGGCAUAAGUUUCUGGGAUGUCCAAUCCCAUGUGGUGCUGUAAUAACUCGUAAAGAAUACAUAAACGUAUUAACUGAUGUAGAAUAUAUUGGUUCAAGAGAUGUUACAAUCACAGGUAGUCGUUCUGGGCAUGCAUCGAUUUUUCUUUGGUAUGCCAUAAAAAGAAAAGGUUUUGUGGGACUUGAAAGCGAAGUGCAUAAAUGCAUAGCCAAUGCAUCCCAUUUACAACAUCGAUUACGAAAGGCUGGAAUUGGUGCAAUGUUAAACAAGUUUAGCAACAUCGUUGUCUUUGAAAGACCACCAGACGAAGACUUUGCUCGUAAAUGGAGUUUGGCAUGUGAGGGAAACAUUGCACACGUAGUAGUGAUGCAACAUGUUACCACUGAAAUGUUGGAUUCCUUUGUUGAUGAAUUUCUUCAAAAACGGUCC